AUGUUCGAUUUUGAGAGCCUCCCAGAAACUACGGGGGAUGCUGGUUGCAGAGCAUCCCAGAUGGGAGUCUAUGCUGUAUCUGACAUUCACACCGACAAGAGGGAGAACAUGGACGUUCUCCGGACGUGGCCGCGACGGCCCAACGACGUCCUGUUGCUCGCAGGGGACGUGUCGAAUGAUCUGAGCAUAGUCCGCACAACGUUUGAGCUGAUGCUGGAGCGCUUUGGCCAGGUGUUCUACUGCCCCGGCAACCAUGACCUUUGGAUGCAUCCAAAGGAUGGCUGUACAGAUUCCGUG